AUGCCGCCGCGCGUGGUGCUCUGCGAGCUGUGCGGCGGCAAGUUCUUCCCCCACUCCAGCCACAGCUCCAGGUCUGCAGGGAGAAGGUGGGCGUCCAGCUGCACCCGUGCCCCUACUGCCAGGCCGGGGUGCCCAUGCUGGAGAUGGACGGCCACAUCCUCCGGUGCCGCGAGGCGAAGGCUGCCGGCGCUGCCCCCACGGGGCAGAGCGCCGCUCUGCAGCGGCGCCUGGACAGGGAGAAG